GCUAUGAAAACCGGAUCUUCUGCAACUGUUAAUCGAUGCGGAAAUUAAGGAAAAUCUCAACGUUGAUUACCAAGAUUUGGCUGCUAGCGAUAACGUAGAAAAAGAAGUUGAUGUUAAGAAAGUGAAGAAUGAAACCGUCAAAUCGAGACGUUUGACUAUGGAUGAAAUGACAUCAAAUGCAUUUAUAAUACUUUUGGCCGGAUACGAAACCACGAGUACAGCUCUGGCUCUUUGCACUCUGAUGUUAGCUAAUUUUCCCGACGUUCAGGAAAAAAUAAGAAAAGAAGUAAAAACUCUGAUAGAAGAAGAGAAUGAAUUGAAUUACAGCACCGUUCAGAAAUUACAAUAUCUGGAUCAAGCAUUUAAAGAAAUACUUCGACUUUAUCCUCCAGUAUAUUUAUUCGUAGAUCGUGAAGCUAACGAAGAUGUUGUUUACGGCGACAUUUUCAUUCCUAAAGGGAUGAUAGUGCAAGUUCCCUCCUUUUUGUUACAUCGCGAUCCGGAUUAUUGGGAUCGACCCGAAGAAUUUCGUCCCGAAAGAUUCGCACCGGAAGUUGCCCGUAAAAAUAAUCCUUUGGCAUGGCAAACUUUCGGAGCUGGACCCAGAAAUUGUGUAGGAAUGAGAUUUGCACAGAUGGAAGCAAAAUUAGCUUUGGCUCACAUAUUAAAUAAAUACCGCAUAUUACCUUACGAAAAGACCGAUAAGUUUCCUUUCGAACUGGAAUUGACUCCAAAUGUUAUAAGACCUAAACGUGGUGUAUAUAUCAAAUUACAGCGUUGUUCAAACAACUAAAUCUUCAUUCUUAAUAAAUAAUGAAUUAAAUUAAAGAAUAUCUAAAUAAAUAAAGUUGCUUUCUGUGACAUUCACAGCCAUUAAGUUUAAUUAAAAAUUAACACACACUGAACAAUAUACUGAUAACGAGUAAAAUCGUUAUUAAAUCCGACCCGACUUGAGAUACGACACAUCAACCCUCUUUAUCUCCCCACCUUCUUGACCUUUAACCACCAAAAUUUAAUCGUAUUAAUUCUCCUAAUACUUAAUUACCACUGUUCACUCCACAUAGGUGAGUGUUUCGUGCUAUCCAUCCCAGUAAUGAUAUACCGCAACCUAUUUUGUCAUUUAGUAUUAUCGUUCUAAAUUGUCUGCCAACAGAGGGCCAGCAAAUCGUAUGUAGACAGAAAUUAAUUCCUAUGUAGAAAUUAAAUCAAUAUAUAGGACAUUACUUAAUUUAUAAGUGUGUUAACGUAACUGCCGAGUUUUAUAGCAAUUGAUCGAAAGGUCUAGGGGUGAAUAGCGAACAAACAAACAAACAUCCUCAUUUAUAGUUUGUAGU